AUGCCGGGAAUUUUCAGUCUGAGGAAGGUCAUGGACAAGCAGACCCAGGUGGUCAUGUUCAGUUCCACGGCCAUUGCGCUGUAUGGGUACGAUCAAGGAAUGAUGUCCCUCAUCAACACCAACUACAGCUACCUCUACACCAUGGGCAUUGCCGGGAACUCGGCCCUGGUCGGGCUCGUCGUCUCGGUCUACUAUUUGGGAUGUGCUCUGGGAGCCGUGUUGGCGUCGCGCUUUGCAGACGCAAAAGGCCGCAAGCCAGCCAUCUUCGCGUGUCUGGCGACCGCCAGUCUGGGGAAUCUGCUCAUGUUCGUCGCGGGGAUGGGCCACACGAGCCAGCAGGCUGCGCUGGCGACGAUGCUGUCCGGGAGGAUUGUCAUGGGACUGGGAGUCGGAGGUAUCGACGCAGUCGUCCCCGUGUAUAGCUCGGAGCUCCAAGAAGACGACGCCCGCGGGACGGCGCUGGCGCAGGAAUUCCAAGCCAACAUCUUCGGCCUGAACAUGGCAUACAUCCUCAACGUCGGGGUCACGCACGGCCUGGGCAAGUGGAACCAGUGGGCGUGGCGCGUGCCCAUCAUCGUGAUGCAGAUCUACCCGGUGCUGCUCCUCGCGGUCGCGAACCUCUUACCCGAGACGCCGCGGUGGUGCGUCCUGCACGGCGACAACGAGCGGGCCAAGCGCAGCAUCGCCCGGGUGUUUGGCCAGGACCAGGUCGACGAGCGCAUCGACGAACUAACCAAGGCGCACAAACGGGAACAGGAAGAAGGCACCAUUUCGUACGCCGACAUGCUGUGGCCUGGCGGGUCGCAGUUCCACCCGACCGUGGUGACAGUCAUGGGCCAGGUCAACCAGGCUCUGACAGGCUACGGGGCCGUGUCGGUGUUUGGGGCCCAGAUCUUCCAGCUGCUGGGCUUCGGCGUGGCCACGGCCGAGUUCAUCACGCUGGGGAACUACGUGUUUUACUUCGCCAUGAUGACCAUCGCGUGGGUUUUGAUCGACCGCGUCGGGCGACGCAAGCUGAUGGUCGUCGGGGCCUGGUGGCUCUCUGCCUCCUUCGCCCUGCUCACCCUGCUGGGCGGCCUGGCGUAUAACCGCCGUGCCCUCUCCAUCCCGCUGCUCGCGACGGGCAUCCCCGGCGUCGCGGCGCUGUACGCGGCGACGGCCGUCUUCGGGAUCUGCUGGCUCGUGCCCCCCUGGCUGGUGCCCACGGAGAUCUACCCGUCGACGGCGCGCGCGCAGGGCGCCGCCGUCAGCGUCGUCGUCUGGGGCCUGGCCAACUUCGCCGUCACCCUACUGACCCCGAUCGGCUUCGACCGCCUCGAGUUCUAUCUCUUCCUCGUCUUCGCCGCCACAAACGCCCUCGCCGGCCUGUGGACGUACCUAUACUGUCCCGAGUCCGGGAACAGGACCUUUGAGGAGAACCAGGAGUUCUUCAAGGCCGCGGCCGAAAGGGGCUCGUGGGUCGUGAGCCGCGCCAUGGACGGAGAGUUCAAGGUUCUGCCGCAAAAGGAAGUCGACGACGAGGACGAUGACGAGGAGAUUAUUGCUGAUGGAGAGGACAGUGGAGGUCGAGGGAUAAAGAGAACGGAAAGGAGAAAGAAGGCAAAACUAGAUGCUCACGAAGAAACGACCCCUUUGCUGGGCAGGACGAGUACACGGUAG